AUGUCCGCUCCCCAAGACCUCCCGCCCAACGGCGAGACCGAGCUCGACCAGGGCCUCGACAACCUCAAGCUCGACGGCGAUCUCGGCCUGGGCCCCGACGGCCAGCCCGCGCCCAAGACGGACGAGGAGUACGCCGUCGCCAACCUGACCCUGCGCGCCAUUGUCUCGUCCAAGGAGGCCGGUGUCAUCAUCGGCAAGGGAGGCAAGAACGUCGCCGACCUGCGCGACGAGACCGGCGUCAAGGCCGGCGUGAGCAAGGUCGUCCAGGGUGUGCACGAUCGCGUCCUGACUAUUACUGGAGGAUGCGAGGCCAUCUCGAGGGCCUAUGCCAUCGUCGCCCGCGCCCUGCUCGAGGGUGCGCCCGCCAUGGGCAUGGGUGGAGUUAUCCAGAAUAACGGCACACAUCCCAUCAAGCUCCUCAUCUCGCACAACCAGAUGGGCACCAUCAUCGGCCGGCAGGGCCUCAAGAUCAAGCACAUCCAAGAUUCGUCCGGCGUCCGCAUGGUGGCACAGAAGGAAAUGCUCCCGCAAUCGACCGAGAGAAUCGUCGAGGUGCAGGGGACGCCCGAGGGCAUCCAGCGCGCCAUCUGGGAGAUCUGCAAAUGCCUGGUCGACGACUGGCAGCGCGGCACCGGCACUGUGCUGUACAAUCCUGUUGUCCGCACCCAACCGGGCGGUGCGGGGUCCCUUGGUGGUGGUGCCGCUUCGCCUCCUGCCGCUGGCGCUGGCCCUGUCGGCGGGGUAGGAGGAUACGGCUACUCAUCCAGAGGCGACUAUGGUGGCCCCCGUGUCACGCGCACUGGGAACGGUGCCGACUUCAGCAACGGCGCUGGCUCUCGACCGUACCGCCGCUCAGACUCGGACGCGGGCAACCGGGAUCGCCAAGGGCCCCCGACGCACGACGAGAACGGCGAGGAGAUCCAGACGCAGAACAUCAGCAUCCCCGCCGACAUGGUUGGCUGCAUCAUUGGUCGCGCCGGCAGCAAGAUUACAGAGAUCCGCAAGACCUCGGGUGCCCGUAUCUCGAUCGCAAAGGCACCUCAUGAUGAGACGGGAGAGCGCAUGUUCACCAUCAUGGGAACGGCCAAGGCCAACGAGUCGGCCCUGUUCCUCCUCUACGAGAACCUCGAGGCGGAGAAGAUGCGACGGAGCCAGGCCCAAUCACCCGAGUAA